AGGGGACGAAAUUUUUGUUCGCAUUUGCUAUACCGGGCUGGCAAUUCCUCCACCGAAGUGCAGCAGCAAAGCAAUUUCGGUCCGUAACUUGGAAUUUUCUGAUUCUCCUCCGGUUGGCUUCCGAUAAUCUCCGAUGGAGCAUGGUGAAACCGAUAACGAUGUUCAUAUGACUGUUCAAAAUCCUUCACCAUCACCACCGCCGCCUCUGGAGAAUCACGAACUACAACAACUGGCAGAACCACUGCCGAAAUCAUUCCAAGAAGAUGAACAAGAUGAAGAGCUACGUAAACUUUUGACUCCCGAUGUUAGGGAUCUUCCGCUCGUGCCUCCCUCCGCCGUCGAGACCAAUUUCGUCUCGUAUUUCGCUCCCGAUUUUAUCAAGGAAGGUCAUGAUCAGUACGUUUACCGCCACGCCAACGGCUUGUGUGUGGUCGGCUUGGCUGCUACGCAUAUUGCAUUUAAAGACAGUGGCGGGGUCACGGCCGUUGAUUUCAAUGUAGGGAAAUCCGAUCGCAGCAGCUUUAAAGUCACUGGAAAACGCAAGAAGAAUGCACAAUUCUUUGAGCCCAACUCUGCUCUAUGUAAAGUCUACACCAAAGAUGCUUCUUAUAUUGUAAGGUGUUCUGUUAAAGGUUCUCUAUUGGAAGUAAAUGAUCGCUUAAUAAAGCAGCCAGAGUUGCUCAACACUUUGCCUCACAGAGAAGGGUACAUUGCUAUUGUUAUGCCAAAACCAGCAGACUGGUUGAAAGUCAAGGAGUCAUUGCUGAGCCUUGAAGAACACAAAAGAUUGAGAGAGCUCAACUGAUUCAUUCUUCUGCUGACAGAAACCAAGUAAUAUUUUAGAUUUCUUCCAUUGAUGCUUUCUCCAUCUGUUUUUUUAACCUGCCAGGUUUAUCAAGCAGCAUAGUUUAACAGACUGCCGAUUGAUAAUAAUUCACUUAGUUCUGGUACGUUCGAGAAUAAAAUACACACACACACACACACUUACCUUGCCUGGCAUUUUGUGAUUUGUUUCCAAGUAUAAAAGUCUAAUAUUGGUUAGAACUUUCAGUCUUUGUGUCUUCCAGUUUUGAUAGUUGAUCUUUAUAAGAAGUCUUUGGUCCUUGCCACUUAAUUUCAACACUUCACUUAGAAAAGUCUCAUGGUGGCAUCAUUGUCAAUUUAUCAUCAUCAUCAAUUAGCAUUUGUUAAGAGAGGUGCCAAUCUGGGAUGUAACCGAUGACACUAUCCCACACCCAAAAUCCCCUAUUUGGGAGUGUUUUCAAGUCGAAUCUUUAUUUUACAAUAACUUCGGGAAGAAAUUCUCUUGCAACUA